UAUCUGCAUAAAGCUACGUCAUUCCAUGAUGGCUGAAGACCCUGGUGGAACAUUUUUCAAUUUCCGUGUUAUUUUUCUGUAUUUCUCUUUAUCCCGGCUUGCCAUAACGCCAUGGCAGGACUCACAGCCCCGUUAAGCGUUCACAUUUCACUGGUGUCGAAAUGCCCAAGAAAGGGAACAGAAAACGGCUGAAAUUCAAGGCCGGAGACGUUUGCUCUGAAUCAGUCACUGUUGCUGAUUAUGCUGAUGCCGACCCAGCCAUUGUGAAGUCUGGUAGGGUGAAAAAGGCUGUUGCAAAUGCAAUUGAAAAAGAAGUAAAGUUACUCUGCGGCCUGGAGGCUUCUCAGGGUGCUGUGGAGGAAGUUAUCUCGUCUGCAGUAGGAGUCAAAGCAGACGCUUUAGGCAGCAGUGACGAUAUGGACCCAGAGAAGGAAGAGGAAAGUGAAAUGAAAGUGGCCCGCAAAAAGAAAAAUAAGAGAAGAAAAGAGUGCAGCUGGAGCAGUGAUGGGGAGGAUUAUCCAGUGGACAUUUGGCUCGUGCUCUCCUCCUAUAUUAGGCCGGAGGAUGUUUGUAGAUUUUCUUUGAUCUGCAGGAAUUCGUGGACGGUCACUUGUACUGCAGCUUUUUGGACUAGACUCUACAGAAGGCACUACAAGAUUGAUGUUGAACUGCCUUUUCGCCUCCAGCCCGACUGCAUUGAUAGGAUGCGCUGUCUUCGGGCCUGUGUGAUCCGCUCGCUCUUCCAUUUGUAUGAGCCAUUCAGCUCCAGAGUAUCAAAGAUUCCUGCACUGCCAGAAUCCACACCCACCACUUUGGUUAACUCCAAGUGUUUACUCUUCUGGGUCAAAAAGCUGUCAGGCACUUGCACAGAAACGAUGUGGGAGUUCAACUUCAAAUUCAUAAAGGAGCAGGGGCACAGCAAAAAUGGUUGUUCCAAGUUGCUGCGCUUACCCAAACAGUAUGAGGAUGUUCACAUGAAUCCAGACUCUGACUGCUACGUGCUUCAGGUCACUACUCUCAACUACAUCUUCACCCCUGUAGUCAUGGGCAUGACACUAACCCUGUUCACAAUCAACGUGAGCACAGACAUGCGUCACCACCGUGUACGCCUGGUGUUCCAGGACUCGCCCCUUCAGCGAGGGAAGAGAAGAGGGGAUCAAGGUGGCACGCAGGUUGUGUUGGAUCCUGUACACAGUGUGAAGCUAAUGGACUGGUGGCAUCCCCAGUACCCCUCUUUGCCUUUUGUGUAAAGAUGUCUCCCGAGUGUCUAAGGCAGCAGACCAUGGACAAGGACUUCGUCUCGUCAAACUCAUUAAACAGGACAAAGAUCACAUUCAGUGACACAAACUUUGCACAAAUACCUGAUUGUACUUUGUUUAAAACAGAUUAUGGCCAAAUAAAAAUUUGACGUCAUACAUCAGACAUAUGGCAGAAAAAUUUGUGUUUUGGGUUAAUGAGGCUCUGUCCAUUAAUAUUUUAAACAAACAGCUUAUUUUCCUGUUGAAACUAAAGGAAUGUUUUAUCCAGAAGACUUUUUCAGGCUCAGUGAGUAGUAUUUUUUUAUGCUCUUAUAUAAAAUUUACUACAGUAAUUUGAUCUUGGUUUUUAAUGUGACAAGCAAAAUCUAAAUAGGGUUGAAAAAAUUGGGGUGUAUGUAUAAUUUAAACCUCUUCUGGUGACGCGAAUAACAAUGCUUCUCUGUGCAGACGAGGCCAAAGAUGUUUUACUUCCUGCGUCUUCUGCAGAUUUGGGCAGUUUUUAAGCAUGUGAUAACUGAUUAUUUCUUGAUAUUGAGUUAUUUUACAUAUGCAUAGCUAAUCUCUUUCUCUGAAGUCUGAUGUAUUCUGUGACAUGAGUGAUGAUGGGUUACAGGGUUGCCUUUCAUGCUGGCUUGUUAAUUCUUCAGACAGUUUUAACUGAGUUGCACAGAUAAUGUCAAAGUCUUCAGAUUAGCAGAAUACACAUUUUGUUUAAAGUGUUCUUGUUAACAAAUAGGAACAGCGAUUACUUUUAGGUGGUGAUAAAAAGUUGUUGAAUUUGAUCAACUCAAACAAUUUCUCAAGUCACCUGAUCUACCACAGUAAAAAUACAUGCACAUUGAAAAACUGGUACAAGUAUUUUUUUCAGUUGCAAUAAAGGUGAUUUCAAUCAAAACAAA